AUGACGGAUUUUUUUGUAGAUACAAUUGAUCCUAUUGUGGUGGAUGACGAAUAUGAUGAAAGCCCAGAAGAAAAUCCUGAGGACAGUGAUAUCCUUAGCCCAUUGGCAAUUAAUUUGAACUAUCAGCCGGAGGUCAAGACGCAUUUUUGCUGUCAACUCGAUCGGGAUAUCCAUACAGAAGACUUUUUUAUUUCCAUUACAACUGCGCAAAAGGCGACUGACGCAAAUGGAAGCAGUUAUAUUACAUAUACAAUAAAAGCUGGAGAUCAAGAAGUUAAUCGCCGCUACUCAGAAUUCGAAUCGUUGAGAAAAGCGUUAAUACGUCUAUAUCCUACAUUGAUAGUCCCUCCAAUUCCAGAGAAACAUUCAAUAGCUGAUUACGCGACCAUGCCAAACAAGGUCAAGGAGGAUGCAGUAAUAGGAAAGCGAAAGAGAAUGUUACAGAGUUUUUUGAAUCGCGUAUCUAAACACCCACAACUCUCUAAUGAACAUGUCUUUCAUCGGUUUAUGGAAAACGGUAAUGAGGUGUUGCAUUCUCCUCCACUUUCAAGUUUACCUAAAAACAUUCUUCAAGGAUCACCUGCAAACCUUUCAUCUCAACACAAUGUAUCUACAUCAUCGACAAACUCAUCAGUUCCACCGACUGUACUCCCUACUCCGAGUGCUUCACAGCAAUUAAAGGACCCUGAUCCUUCAUUUGUAGAUUCUGAAGCUUUUACGAACAAGUUUUCCACUCACAUCAGCCAAAAUAUGGAAAAGACCAACAAAAGAAUUUGGAAGCGUUUAAAUGAUUUUUCCCACGAUUAUUCCGAAUUAGGCGCGUUAUAUAAUGGAUUUAGCCUGAAUGAAAAUGGAGAUUUGGCCAACGCUGUCGAGAAAGUGGGACAAGCCGUAGACUCGACUUAUAUAGCCACAAGAAGCCUGACUGAAUCACUUGAAGCAGAGUUUACCGAACCUUUACAAGAAUAUUCACAGUUUGCGCAGACUAUUAAGCAAGUUCUUAAAUAUAGACACCUUAAACAUUUACAGAUGGAGCUUACUGCUGAAACACUUGAAAAACAAAGAUUUACACUGGAGAAUCUGGAAAGAUCGGAGCAAGAGGCAAAAAGGUUGGAGGAGGCUUUGAAUAAGGAGCGGGGGAUUCAAGAUACACAGCAGCAACAAUCGCAGAGUCGUACCGAUGAAGAUAUUUAUUCAGAUACUAACAUAAGAGAUAGUGACCAUCCCGAAGGGCUUCAAAAUGAGGAUAGUUCAGUGCCAUCUUCUCCCGUCGGGCAUAAAACUCAUCAUAAGAAAAGAAGUAGUUCAAAAAUCUUUUCUGUAUUAAGUCACACGAUUCAUGGAAUUAUGGAUGUUGACCCUGAAGCUACUCGAAGAAAUAGCAUCGGAAAAACUCGAGAAUCAAUUAUUCAG